AUUCGUGUAAAAUUAGUUGAAACCGCUUUCAAAAAACUGUUUAAAAACCCUUACUUACUGAAAAUUGGCAGAAAGUUGUGAGUUGUCACUUGCCAAAAUCGAAAAAUUUCCACAAAUAAGGAAAAAGAAUCCAUUGAGUUGGCAAUAAACGGAUGUAUAUUCGAAUGUCCGCACAUGUGAAAGUCGAAACUGGGGACUAGGUUUAAAUAAUUGUACCAAAAAUGUACUUAAUUGUACCGCAAUGUUCAGUCGAAACGUUUUUGUGGUUCUUUUUAUCGGAGUCAUUUUUUGUGAGCUCCUAAUUACUAAUGUGCAUGCGGGUGGAAAAGAUCAAAAGAAGGUCCAUGCCAAGCAACCAGCCCAAAAAGGUGCCAAGCCCAAUUACAAGGAUUCAAUGGGAAAUUAUAAUUAUAAUAAUUUAGAUUUCAUUGUAUCAAAGCCGAAUGAAAUUAAGGGAAAAGAUGCAGCUCAGAAGAAAAAGAAAUCAAACGGUUGGUCUGACGAUGAAUUAGAGGCCCUUCUUCAAAAAAGUCUCGAUUCAAUGAGAGAUAUUUAAAAAAAAUCCCUCAUUUUGCUGAAAAUUUCUAAAAAUACACGAAACUCUACCGAUUAAAAUGAAAUGAUGAAGAUUUCGUGAUUAAAAUGUCGAAAAAAAUGAUUUUUCCGAAUUAAAAUGAGAAUUUUGUGUACACGUAGAGCAUUCAAUCUUAUUUAUUUAUUUACUCACCGUCUGAUCACAGACUGAAUUUAUCACAAAAUUUUAUACAAUACCAUUCACAAUGAAUCACUAUACCCGAUCGAAUAUCCAACCACCAGCCUUGUCGACUUCGGAGCAGCAGACAUCGAUUGUGUUCAUUGUUUUAAUCUCUAAUUUUCAAUACAAUUUUUAUACAAAGUACAGUUUCACAUUUUUCAAUUUAAAAAUAUUACUUCUAAAAAUUUGUCUCGAUGCUGAUUCUUAAAACAUUUCUCUUAUUAAAUUAAAAUUCCUAUGUUACAAGCCACGUAAAAUGGCUGGUUAUGUGCAUAUUCCGAUGUAAAUGUUCUAACUCUAA